AGGUCUACUGCCCCCGCGUAGAAAUCAAGACGUGCACAAAAGCGCGAUUUCUAGUCAACAGGACAAACGUCGGGCCUCAUUAUCGAGCCCAGAGACUCACGGAUCAAAAUUACGAGUACGGAAAAGAUGCCUCUCGCCAAGAAUGGCAUCGAGAUGCCGGCGUUGGAGAUUGAGCGCGGUGACGAGAAAAUAAUGCAGGAACUCGCGGCUACGCUUCUCCGGACAAACCUGGACCUAUACAGCGAGCUGGCUGUCACUCCCGAUGGUCACCCGGAUUCUCGACAAUGGGCGUCAAUCCAAAAACGAGAAGGAGUUCGAGUCUACAAGGAAAGCACCCGCCAACAGCAGCAGCAGAUCAAUGCUCAAGCAGCCACUGGGAAUAGUGCCGCGAAGACAGCCAAGGUACCACCGUCGCUGCUGCUCAUGGGUACGAUCAAAGGUAACCUGGACGACGUGCUAUACGCCUCGGCAGCGGCUUCAACCGAGGCCAUACUGACCAAAGCCAAGUACACGGACGACGGUAUCGUCGACGCCAAGGUUCUAGCUCGCAUCAUUGAGCCGACGAUGGCGGACCCCAUGCACUUCCUCAACGUAACCUGGCGUCAUUAUGCUCUCUCCGAGCCUCGAGACUACGUGUGUCUAGACGUCGCUGGUUAUAGCAACACAACGCGCGGUGAACAGGUUGCGUACCACCUCGUCCAUUCCGUAGGCUUCGACGCACUCCCAAGCCACGAGCACAAAGGUAUUGCUCGUGCCAAUAUGUCGGUGUGCUGGAUCUUCCGACAAAGAACAGCUACUCAUGUUGAGUGCUAUGCGAGAGGGUAUUACGACUUUGAUACCAACGUUGCUAUGCUGAAUUCCAUCUCCAUGCACGCGAUUGCGUCGCAGUGGCUUUCCUGUGUUAAACUCGUCUCAUACGCUCAAAGUAUGAAGCUGACUCGGCUUCUCAACUGCGGCAAAGGGGCCAUCAGCUCCGACGGCAGCGAGAGUGACAGCGGUGACGGUGGAUUCGGAAGUUAUGGCAGCAUCUCCAAUCCUGGGCACGCUCGCACGAUGUCGAGUUCUACAUCGAGUUCGAGCAGCUCCGUCGUGCUGCUACCUGCACCUGAGCUGGCGAGGAUACCGGCGUCGAGGUGUAAGCUAUGCUGUAAGAGCUUCCACUUCCUGGGAGCCUCUCGACGCGUCUGUCAAGCCUGUGAUGAAGACGUGUGCUCGCGUUGCACAGUUAACCAGACUUUGUGUCUGUUUUCCCGCACUCGGCGAUGUGUUCAAGAACGCAAGAAGAAGUUCUGCAAGCAAUGCGUAGCCGACGCCAUGCGCAGUGAAGCUAGUGCUGUGGCGCGAGACGAUUUCAUCACAGCUACCCAUCGUCAGUCAAUCUUGUAGUGUUUUUGAAACUGUGCCAAUAUUGGAGCUGCCUCCGUUCGGAUUAUAUUGUGCCGUCGCUCGGAAGCAAGAGCUAUGCAGACAAAGAAGAAAUUUGCGCGGUAUCAAUUGCUACAGUAUCGCGCAGCAGACUGCAAGUAGUGUCUAGUCAUCAAUUAGGCGUAGAGGUGGAUAGCACCAGAAGCUUGUUUCUUUUUGCAUUGGUGACCAAGUGACCAAAAGGCAGUCGCUCACAUUAAUAUUGGAGUUUCGUAUCAACAUGCCGGUGCUCAGUAC